AUGGCCUCAGCAGAGCGCAUUGCUUAUCAAUCCUGGCAGAAGUUAGCAACAGCUGAAGUGACUUUCCUUCACCAAAAGUCAGGUCUUAAGUGGAUAACUGAUGGUGACGAAAACACUGGGUAUUUUCACAAGAGUGUAGUGAUGAGAAAUGCUUUCACUGGGAUUAAGAGGCUUAGACUUGAAGACGGAUCGACAACCACUGAUAAACUGGUAAUCAAGAAUGCAUGUGUCGAUUUCUACACAUCAUUGUUUGGCACCUCAAACCCCACCCCUUGCCUUCAGGCCUGUAUCGAAUCCAUCCACCCAUUCCGUUGUACUGAGGCGCAGCGAGAGUGUCUGGAAAGACCCUUCACCCCUGCAGAAAUUAAAGCUGAGUUUUUUGCUCUUCCAAGAGACAAAAUUCCUGGCCCUGAUGGAUACACAGGUGAAUUUUUUAGACAUUGUUGGGGGAUUGUAGGGGAGGAGGUCACUGCUGCAGUUCUAAAUUUUUUCACUCAUGGAAAGAUGGAGCCAAGCUGGAACUCUACAGCAGUCUCCAUGAUAGCCAAGGUGAGUAAUGCAGAAACAGUUGGAGAUUAUAGGCCUAUUUCUUGCCUUAACUCGGUUUACAAAGUAAUCUCUAAAUUACUUGCACGACGGCUGCAGAUCCUCUUACCAGACAUGAUACAAGAAAACCAGACAGCUUUCAUUAAGGAUAGACAGAUAGUGGAGAAUGUCCUGCUUGCUUCAGAGCUUGUCCAAGGGUAUAACAGUGUCGGGACCUCUAAGCGUGGAAUGUUGAAAAUUGAUCUACGUAAAGCUUUUGAUUCCAUCGAGUGGAGCUUUAUCUUAGAUAUCCUGAUCGCAACAAACUUCCCAAGCAAAUACAUACUCUGGAUUAGCCAAUGCAUCAAGACUACAAGAUUCUCUAUCUCUGUAAAUAGCGAGUUAUGUGGGUAUUUUAAAGGAAAGAAAGGUCUCAGACAGGGAGACCCCUUAUCACCUUACCUCUUCGUGCUUGGAAUGGACAUUUUCUCGAGACUCCUAGAUUUGAGGUUCCUAUCAGGCCAGAUCGGUUUCCACCCUAAGGCAACCAAUCCCAAUGUCACGCACCUAAUCUUUGCUGACGAUGUGAUGCUCUUCUUCGAUGGGGAGAGAAAUUCGUUGCAAGCCAUUGUGAAUCUUCUAGCCUACUUUACCAACAUCUCUGGACUUGUAAUGAACCGAAGCAAAACAGAGCUGUUUCUAGCUGGUACUUCCGCGGCUGAUCAGACCUUGCUAAGCACUAUGUUUGGAUUCUCCCUGGCUUUUAUACUUCCAGUUAAGUGCAUUAAGGACAUUGAAAAGCUUUGUAGAAAGUUUCUCUGGUCAGGAGCUUCUGACAUCCCCAAACAGGCCAAAGUCAGCUGGAGGAAAGUUUGCUCUCCAAAAGAAGAGGGUGGUCUCGGUCUAAAGGAUCUUAGAGUAUGGAAUAAGAUUUUUGGUCUCAAGUUGAUCUGGAAAUUAUUCACUGCCUCAGGAUCCUUGUGGGUUGCUUGGUGCAAAAAUCAUAAGCUGAGAAGGAAAUGCUUCUGGAGACUUCCAUCUUCGAGCCAAGGUUCUUCUAUGUGGAAGCAAUUGCUCAAACUAAGAUACCUAGCCAAAACAUUCCUCUCUUGCAAAAUCGGUGAUGGUAGAUCCUGCUCCUUCUGGUAUGAUAAAUGGACUCCGUUUGGUGAUUUGUUUACAUUCCUGGGGCCAAGAGAACACCUAAGACUUGGUCUCCCACUAGACUCUACUAUGGCCAAUGCUCGUACCAUAGAUGGAUGGAUCUUUAGAGGGGCUCGGAACCUCAACGAGGAACUACUCUUCUCCCAUCUCGUUGAAUCUGAUUUCAAUACGGAUGCCAAGGACACUUACCUCUGGGCUUCACCGAAUGGGGACCCUCAAGAUAGGUUUACCUUCACCGAAACUUGGAAUCUAAUCAGGCCACAUGCGCAAGAGGUUAACUGGCACAAACAAGUAUGGUUCACAGGUUCUAUCCCCAAACACUCUUUCAUAAUGUGGUUAUGUUGCCUUGAUAGAUUGCCAACUUUGUCGAGGUUAAGGAAUUGGGGUUUAGUAGAAGAUGAUACUUGCCACCUCUGCGAGAUUUACUUUGAAACAAGAGACCAUCUUUUUUUGAGAUGUCCAUAUAGCUAUGAUCUAUGGAGAUGGUGCCUCGCCAGGCUUCAGUUCCACUACACAGGGUUCAACACUUGGGAUCGUUUUCUGCUCUGGUUAAAGUCUCCUACUAGCGAAGCUCAGAUGGGUCCUCUAAAGCUUAUCGCAGCCCAUGCAGUGAUCUACGCAAUAUGGCAUGAACGAAACGCCAGCAUCUUCACGGGUAUGCGCACCCCUGUGGAAGGGCUUUUUCACCAGCUUGACCGCUGUAUACGAAACACCUGCUUAUAG